UUAUUAUUAUAAUUUAUUGUUUGUAUUCUUCUGCUAUCUGCUACUAUGUUUUUCGACUAUACAAUUUAAGCAAUUAAUAAUAAAUCUGUACAAAUCAUAAAUUAUUUAAUGUAAUAAUUUACUAUAAAUUAACCCAUUACAGGAUGUUUGGGUUAUAAAUUAACUGGGUAAUGGUAGGUAGAUAAAAAAAUUUUUUUGUAGUUUGAAUUUAAUUUAAACUUUUUAUAUACUUCAUUGAUAUGGAGAACGGUGACAAUGGUAUAAAUGGUUGUAGAAAAGUAGCAUUAAUUACAGGAAUCACUGGGCAGGAUGGAUCAUACUUAGCCGAGUUAUUGCUAGAUAAAGGAUAUGAAGUUCAUGGUAUUAUACGGCGUUCAAGCACUUUUAACACUGGUCGUAUAGAACAUCUCUACUUAGAUCCUAAAUCACAUAUGGAAGGCAAAAUGAAACUUCACUAUGGUGACAUGACCGAUAGUAGUUGUCUAGUGAAAAUUAUAGGAAUGGUGAAACCUACUGAAGUUUAUAAUUUAGCUGCUCAAAGUCAUGUAAAGAUUUCAUUUGAACUAAGUGAAUAUACAGCUGAAGUAGAUGGUGUUGGGACUCUCAGGUUACUAGAUGCCAUUAGAGCAUGUCAGUUAGAAAACAAUGUACGUUUUUAUCAAGCUUCUACUUCAGAAUUAUAUGGAAAAGUUGUCGAAAUACCACAAAAAGAAACUACUCCGUUUUACCCUAGAUCUCCAUAUGCAUGUGCCAAAUUAUAUGCUUAUUGGAUUGUAACAAACUAUCGAGAGGCAUACAAUAUGUAUGCUUGCAAUGGAAUUCUGUUUAACCAUGAAAGUCCAAGAAGAGGAGAAAACUUUGUAACUAGAAAAAUUACCAGAUCAGUAGCAAAAAUAGCAAUUGGUUCAUUAGAUUGUAUACAACUAGGAAACUUAGAUUCUAAGAGAGACUGGGGUCAUGCCAAAGAUUAUGUUGAAGCAAUGUGGUUAAUGUUACAACAGAACGUACCCCAAGAUUUUGUGAUUGCUACUGGUGAAAUGCACAGUAUUAGAGAAUUUGUAGAAAAAGCAUUUAAACACAUUGGCAAAACAAUCAUUUGGGAAGGAAAAGGGUUAAAUGAAGUGGGGAAAGAAGAAUCUACCAAUGUUAUACGUGUUAAAGUGAAUGCUAAAUAUUUUCGUCCAACAGAAGUUGAACUUUUACUGGGCGACGCAACUAAAGCCAAAACCGUACUCGGAUGGGCCCCCAAAGUAAAUUUCGAGCAACUGGUCUACGAUAUGAUGGAAGCUGAUCUAGCGCUCAUGAAGAAAAAUCCGUCGGCCUGAAAUUCCUCACCCGUGCAAUAUUUAUUUUACAUUGUAUUACCUAUAUAAACUAUAAACCUCGACUUAGUGUGUGUAUUUGGUUUAAUGGUGAUUUGUUAUUAUUGGAUAUAUAUAUACAUAUUUUUUUUAGGAUUUUAAGAGUAUUAUUUUGCAUAUUAUUAUACGUACCUAAAUAAUAUUUAUAUUCUUGGACUGUGUUUGUCUUUAAACUUUUCGGGUUGGCGGCACACGUUUUGUUACUGGAGAUCUAUAGUAUAUAUACUAUAUUAACUAUAAAAGGAACUGGGAGCAUUUAUAUAUCGUGAAUGUAUUAUGUUUUAACUUCCUGUGGUGUUUGACUCUACGCCGCCUUUUGUUUAUUAUAUUUAUUUAUUUUCACUAUUUAAAACGAUUUUUACUUAUACUAAAAACUAAAAACCACUACGUCUAAUUGUGUUUUGUGCGUUAGUGCAUCUAUUUUGUAUUUAAUUAUACGCUAAUGGUUUGAUCAUUUUUUAUUUUAUUAUAAUGUUAAACUGUUUUAAAUAAUUUGAUAUAAAUUUACAGAUACAUGUUCGUAACUGUUGGGGAGGAGGGGAUUCAGGGGUCUGUAUCUACUCUACAUUU